AGUUACCUGUUGAAUACACUUGUUACAUUUGUUAUUGAUUAAAAAUCUUCAAAUGAAAUAUCAACAUUUUCUUUAACGGUUGAAAACGAAAUACGAUUGUUACAAUUCUCUAAAAGACCAGUUUAGACAUAACUUUAAUCCUCAGAAAUCAGAUUUAGAAUUAUAUAAUUUGUGUUUCUUUAAAGUUAAAGGAUCUCUAUAACAGAAAAAAUUUUUUAACACAGUGAUUUUUAAGAAAAUAUGGGAAUAAAUAUGAAACAGACACUUUGGAAUUGAACAAGAAGAAUGAAGAUAGCUAGUUUGGCCCUUUGUUGGCUACAGUUAAGUGCUAUGUGACGCAAUUUUAUGAAGAAUAAAUUUUCUAUCCCUACAUAACUGGGCAAUAAGUUGAUAUGGUUUUGAGACUUCUCAUUAGGUAUUUGGCCAAUAAUGAGAAGCUGAUACAAAUGCUUGCUGAUUCCUAUCCAAUACGGAAAGCUGCUCGCUUUGCUGCUGGUCUCAUUAUCAGAUCCAAAAUUUACCAAGAGAGAGCUUUAGAGAGUCUAAGGAAAGCAAAGGACUCAAGUAAUAUUACAGAUAGUCAUCAGUCUGGCACAUCUGGUAGUUUUAGUCAAUUUAUGCAAGACAAAGUUGAAAAACUGAAAAAAAUUCUGGAAGAGCAAAAGCGUCAAGGCUGAAAAGUACAAAAAUUCAAAUAUGUAGGUUUUUGUUAAAAUGAACACUAUGUGGAUAGAAUGUUAUUGAUGUACAUACAUUUUUAUAUAAAAAAGAAAUUGCUUUAA